AUGGCACGCUUCUACGGCUUGCCAAAAGUCCACAAGCCAAGAGUGCCCCUACGCCCCAUCGUCUCAUUACGUGACACCCCAACCCUUGGACUGUCAAAGUGGUUGUACCAGCGGCCUUCUUUCCUCGCCAAGGAUUCGCCGUGGACAGUGAAGUUGGCUGAAGAUUUCUUGAAGUGCAGUCAGGAUCUUGACGUUAAGGCAGACGAGGUGGUGGUGUCAUUCGAUGAGAUCCCACCCACACUGGCUAUAAACACUAUCAGUAGUGUAAGAGCAGAAGAAAGGGACACCAAUGGGCUCCCCUUUGUCUGGGCUCAUUGCCGAAGCAGUUCCGCAGAGGCUCGAACAGCUAGUCUUCAGCUCGGUGGAAGCGAGAAGGGUCCCAAAACAGACGGUGAACGUGAUAACAUAGCUGGAGCCCGGAUCGUUCGACGUUUAAAUAACUACUAUAUACUAAACUAA